AUGGCCAAUCGCUCCUCUUCUGCCUUGCCGAUCCUCUGCGCUUCCUUCAACCAAGAUAACAGGUCAACGAUCACCCUCCCCAGAGUCCCUGUAAUUUAGGGUUUGAUGAUCUUGUGCUUGGAAUCUGUAUGGUUCUUUAUCGUCUGUCUCGUUUAACUCGGUAUUUGAUUGUUCUCUGCAGCUGUUUCGCCAUUGGAACCAGAGAUGGAUUCAGGAUAUACGAUGCCCAGACGGGAAGGUUAUGCUACGAGAGAUGUGAGAUAUUUCAGGACAGACCUCUUGUGGUGAUCAUGCUCGUCAGACCUUGGUCCUACCUGGUCAUGAAAGUCUGAUGGGUUAUUUGAAUUCCUACAGCCAUUGGUGCAUUCAGCAUCGUGGAGAUGCUGUUCACAUCGAGCCUUCUCGCAAUCGUCGGAGCGGGGGAGCAGGUGGUGGCUCAGUUCCAACGUUUUGGGUUGUGUAUUGACUUUUGAGGUGUUUAUUUUUUGGCAUAUUUUGAUCUUCAUGUGUGUUCAGCCUUCACUGUCUCCGCGCCGUCUCUGCCUCUUCAACUCUACAACUGGAACAACCCUCAGGGAGCUGAACUUCUUGACCUCUAUCCUGGCGAUUCGUCUGAGCAGGAAGAGGUAAUCUUCAAUUGGCAAUUCGUCUUCAAUGUUUGCCAAAUGGCUCUAAGUUAUUUUAUCUUUCUUAUUAUGAUGAUAAAGUACGAUUAGGAAAACAACAGGGAUGCUUUCAAUGAUACUUGCUAAAGAAGUCUUGCUCACGUAUGUUCUUUGUUAACUAACGGGUCUUGUGGAGCUUUAAGAUAUGACGAUUUGCUCAACCGAUGGACCAUGUCUAAAGACCCAAUAUCUUCAUGUUUUCAUAUUCCUUUUCAUUGUUGUCAUAGUGAUUUUUUAUUUUUUGUGCAGGCUUAUUGUUGUAUUACAGGAAAAGACGUACAUUUAUGAUUUAAAUAGCCUUGCGAUCUUGGAUACUAUAGAGACGGUGCCCAAUUUAAAAGGUUAGAAUCGAAACCUUUGUCCUUUAUUUCUUAGAGAGCACCAGAUCUUCUGCUAGCCUAAUUUUAUCUGAUCCCAAUUUAUGGCAUUUACUUCCUUAAACUUUAGUGAUUGUGAAUAUAUUUGCGCGAAAAGAACAAUGAGGUCUGCUCAAGAUGGCUAUCAGACUAACAUUCCACCAUUGUUUUGCCUCCCAUGCUGUCUGUGUUACAUCCCUCAGAAUGGCACAUCUCAUUCUUUAUUUUCUAUUAUAAUCAUUUUUACUUAGUUGACAUUCUGUUCUUCAUUUUUUGGACAUGUUUUUCCCUUCAUAUGGAAAAUAAAAUGCGGAUCGCAAUUUUGAUUACUAAGAACUAUUUUGGCAACAUUUUUUCAGGACUUUGCGCAUUUGCCCCUAAUUCGGAUGGUUGCUAUCUGGCUCUACCGGCAAGUAAAACCAAGGGAUCUGUCUUAGUCUACAACACUAUGGAACUCUUUUCAUUCUGUCAGGUUGUGUAUACUUUCCCAGACCUUAUCAAUGAUCAUAUUCUCCGCAUAUAUGCUCCUGUAUAUGAUAUAAAUAUCAAUAAUUGGCAGAUCCAUUUAUCUUCAUUGUGAUUCUAAGUAAACAUGUUUAGUUAACAACCAAUUCGUGUGAAUCUUCUCCCCAAAUCGGUAAUGUACGUCUCCAAUGCAAUCGAGGUGAUCAAUCAUAGCAAGUUAUGCAUCAAGUCCUGUCUUGAUGAAUGUGUUCUUCUCUCUUUUCCCUAAUAGAAGCUGCGGUUGAAAAACCUAUGGUAAUCUGGGAGAAUCGAAAACUUAAAAAAAUAAUGGGAGGUCAUUCAUCUAGAUCAAUGUCGCUCAUAUAUCAAAUUUCAUGUUGGGCAAUGUGAACGUCAAACUCUUUACAUUUUAUAGCGAUUUUUGGUUCGCCAACUGACUUCAGCUAUUUCCACAGAUAGAUGCACACCAGAAACCCUUAGCUGCGAUUGCAUUUUCUCCCAAUGGCAUGUACAUGGCCACUGCUUCUGAUCAGGGAACAAUCAUCAGAGUUCAUCUGGUUUUGCAAGCGACAAAGGUGAAUCGGUGAAUCCCUUGCAAGUGCAGCUUGUAAUCGUCCUGAGAUAUUUCACUUCAAGCAUCUUCACCUCAUUUACAAGGAAUGUCAAUUGAUUGUAGUGCAAGUAUUUGAUAGAAUAAAAGCUAUUAGCUUGUCUUUCCUCCAAAUUCUAGGUACUUUCAUUGCAUGCAUCUGACUAGUCUUUUACUAUCAGUCUUAUUGCUUCAGGAGAGGGACGUAUCCAUCAGUGAUAUAUUCACUUUCUUUUGGCCCAUCCAUGGAUGCUCCGGACGUUCUUGUGGCCACAAGUUCCUCAGGCUCCAUACAUGUUUUCUCCCUUGAGUCAAUGCUCAAUCAAAGGUGAGUCUCAUAUUUUUUAUCAUAAUAUUAAUAUAUUUCCUAUGAGUGUUUUACAUAUUUGACAUUCUACUUGCAUUCACUACUGUCUAUUGACUGGAUUAAUCAAAUUAUACCAAAGUUCGAAGCACCUGUAGUCUAAGUUUUUAUCAUAAUAUUAUUAUAUUUCCUAUGAGUGUUUUUACUUAUUUGACAUACUACUUGCAUUCACUACUGUCUAUUGAAUGGAUUAAUCAAAUUAUACCAAAGUUCGAAGCACCUGUAGUCUAAGUUUUUGUUGGUUUUAACCUCUGUUUCCUGGAAACAGCAAACCCACUAGUUUGCUUGGAUCGGUGAUUCCAGACUCGAUAAAUGAUGCAUUGGAAUCCUCGCAUCAUCAUGUUAUUCACAAGACCGUUCCUCAGGGAGUCAAAAGGUGAUUAUCAUUUUCUGUUGUUUCUUCCUCAUAAUUAGGGAUAUCAAAGGGGUAGGUUAGCCUGCCUUAUCUCCGUGAAGUUUUUCUGUGCUGGUCCAUUUUCCUUGCCACACGGCUGACCCAAGAGCACCCAUGUGUCAGUUUUCUCUCUGUCUGUCUGUCUCUGUCUGUCUCUGUCUCUGUCUCUGUUUGUCUCUCUGUCUCUCUCUGUCUGUGUCUCUGUCUGUAUGUCUGUCUGUCUGUCUCUCUCUCUCUCUCUCUCUCUCUCUCUCUCUCUCUCUCUCACACACACACACACACACACACUCAGAGUCAAAUCCAUGAGUGCCUAUGGAAUGCUAAUGUUUCACCCUAAAGUUCAUUUUGUGCUCUGGGUCUGCCUCUCAGAUCAGCACUCCUUGAUAAGAUACCCGCUAGAUUUUGCCAUGCUAUUUAUCUCUGAUACUAACAUAAUUUCUGAUUUUCAAUCUCACUCCGCAGUCACAUAGUCGUCCAGAGAGUAGACAAAGCAGCAGGCCCAGCAGCUCCAAUAUCUCCAUCUUCCGCCAUUCGGUAGAACUUGCAUGCAACUCUGAGGCAAUUUCUGACUUUCUGAGGCCGAAUGGACGCUGAUCUGCUCCCUUCGAUCUCGCAGGUCAUCUGUUUUCCUCCUUGAUCAAGGUGGGCAUUUCCGUGAGUUCUCCAUUAACAUCUCCAGCUCGAAAGAUCUGUCGUGGAGCUUGGAAAGGGAGUCCAAUCUGUUCAUGUGA